AUGGAGUACUGCAGAUAUCAUCUCAACCCUCUCCGAGACCAUAUUCCUUCCGAAACCUUCUUACCCAUGGACGACUCUCAUAUAAUACCCCCGUCGUCGCCAACUCCUAACAAGGAACACGCUUCUGUUGGCUCGGAAAUGGUCAAACGGGACAUCAUCAACUUCAAAUGUUUCAACAGAGACAACGACACGGCUAUCUUCAAACUGAGAGAUACUCCAAUGUUCUUGGUAGUGCUGGCGUUCUCACAAGAUACCGGCGAAUUCUUCUAUCGACUAUCCGGGUAUGGUAAAACAGUCCAUUGUAUCAAGCGAGGCUCAGCGUACGCCGGCGAGAGGUCGAAGACUGAAAGAAAACUUCAGAAAGAGGUGUUUGCUCCGAUGAAGAAGUCCGAGUCGGGAAACGUGGCGUUUCUGGCGUUGUUGUCGGUGGCCGAGAAAUUCGUCAUCUUGGGGAGUCUGAGAACGCUCGAAGAUGUCCGAGGCUAAUUGGUUGGCAUCUCUCGUGUAAGUAUAUCCCUUGUUGUCCAAAAUUUCAUCGUGGAUGCCUAUCCUAUAACGCCGAUCGACAGGAGGUCAUUGAGACGGGCCAGGAGUACGAGAAGUUCGUUAGCUGGAUCUACGAUUCUUCC